AUGUCGUGGAGAAACCAGGGAAUUACGGGUUCCAACAACAUCCCUCUCGGGAAGCGCCGUUUCGGUGGCGACGAUGAGGAGCCUGAAGUCUACAGCAAUGGCAACGGCAAUGGCGAGCUGAAGCGCGGUCGCAGCCCAGAGCCUCGCACCGACGCCGAUGGACCUCGACGCAGAAAGAAGAGAAACCGCUGGGGCGACGCGUCGGAGAACAAGGCUGCCGGCCUGAUGGGCCUGACGACGGCCAUCACGGCGAACAUGACGGGCGAGCAGCUGGAGGCCUACACUCUGCACUUGCGCAUCACGGAGAUCAGCCAGAAGCUCCGUAUCGACGACGUCGUCCCCGCGGAUGGAGACAGAUCCCCCUCUCCGCCUCCGCAGUACGACAACCACGGUCGCCGUAUCAACACCCGCGAAUACCGAUACCGCAAGCGCCUCGAAGAUGAGCGGCACAAGCUCAUCGAGAAGGCCAUGAAGACCAUUCCUAACUACCACCCGCCGCAGGAUUACCGCAGGCCCACCAAGACCCAGGAAAAGGUCUACGUGCCUGUUAACGACUAUCCAGAGAUUAACUUCAGCGCCAAGAUUGCCAUUCGUGGCAAAGGCUCCGUCAAGGAGGGAAAGGGUCGUUCCGACGCCGCCCACGCCAGCAACCAGGAGGAGGACCUGCACUGUCUCAUCAUGGCCGACACAGAGGAGAAGGUCAACAAGGCCAAGAAGCUCAUCCACAACAUCAUUGAAACGGCCGCCUCGAUUCCCGAGGGACAGAACGAGCUCAAGCGUAACCAGCUUCGUGAGCUCGCUGCUCUCAACGGUACACUCCGAGACGACGAGAACCAGGCCUGCCAGAACUGCGGUCAAAUCGGUCACCGCAAGUACGACUGCCCCGAGAGACAAAAUUACACUGCCAGCAUUAUUUGCCGUGUCUGUGGCAACGCAGGACACAUGGCCAGAGAUUGUCCCGACCGCCAGAAGGGCGCCAGCUGGCGCAACGACGGCAACGCCCCCGGUGGCAGACCUGCCGGUCGUAUUGGAGGCGGAGAUGCCGUCGACCGCGAGUACGAGCAACUUAUGCAAGAACUCGGCGGCGGCUCCUCCAGCGGCGCCGCUCCUGCGCGCAUCGAGGCCGGUCCUGGCACGUACAACAAUGGUCCCAGCGGCGACGCGAAGCCCUGGCAACGUGGUCCCACUGGUGGUCCUGCUCCCUGGCGCAGCCGUAACAGCGACUCGCGAGACGAUCGUGACCGCGACGGUGGUGGUGGCGGCGGUGGCGGCGGCGCUGCUCCCUGGGCUCGUGACCGUGGCAGCCGCCGUGAUGAUCACGGUGGAAACGGCGGCGGCGACAGCUACUACGGCCAGGGCUACGGUGGCCAGUCCUCUGGUGCCGCCCCCGGUGCCGCCCCUUGGCAUCAACCUCCUGGAACGCAGAACAACGGCUACGGCGGUGGCUACGGCGGCUACCCUGGAUACGGUGCCCCUCCUGGCAUGAGUGCUCCCGCGGGCAUCCCGCCUCCACCCCCCGGCGCCCCCGGUCUCGGUGCUCCUCCUGGUCUGGCCGGUGGUCUGAACGCUCUCAUUCAGCAGUAUGCCGGGAUUCAACAUGACUUCCAGGUUGCCGGUGCCCGUACCCUCGUUCAUGUGAAGCAGAUUCGAGAAGCAGAAGGCGCAGAUGAAAUUCCUAAGGUACAGGCCGCCGCAGGCGCUUUAGUGGGCGCUGGUGGAGGAGGUCGCGAACGCUGGACCCAGGGCAGGCGGGAGCUUGGGCCACCUUCUGCGCUAGGAGUGCUGUGCAUCAUCCACUUUGAGCGUUCCGCCGUCCUGCGCAAGAGAUACGGACUACCGGCAGCCAUGGCUGUCAACCCGUUCGGGUUCACCAAGGGACCGGUCACCUUCUGGCUGAUUGUCGUGUACGCAGCCUUCCUGAUCCCGCUUGUCUGGAUCCACGAGACUGUUCCCAAUGUCAAGCCAACCGACGGACUGAACGUCACCGAGGCGUGGCACGACCUGACGACCAUCACGAGGCAGUACCACCCGUACAACAGCCGUGCCAACGAUGAGGUCGGCAACUACCUGCUGAAGCGGAUCGAGGAGAUUCUGAACCGAAAUGGUGUCGAAUGGACCAAGGAAAAGGAUGCUGGUGGCAUUGUGCGGCCCAAGGCUCUUGUCGAGACAUCUACUUCGCCAGUUGACAAGAUAGCCUCCCAGGGUCCUCGCGUCACAGUAUUUGACGACACGAUCUCGAAUAUAUCCUACAACGGGGGACGGUCUGGCGUCUACUUUGAAAGCACGAACAAGCUCGUGUACAUCCGGGGCACUGAAGACGAGGAUGGCGAGUGGUGGAAACGUGACGAAGGCCGCAAGAUUGGCAAGGGUGGUGUCCUCGUCAAUGCUCACUACGACAGUGUUUCCACUGGCUAUGGCGCAACUGAUGACGGUAUGGGGUGCGUUAGUGUACUCCAGAUGCUUGACUACUACACGAAGAAUGCCACGGGCCGUCAGCCCAAGCGUGGCAUUGUUCUCCUUCUCAACAACGGCGAAGAGGAUGGCCUUUACGGAGCCAUGGCAUACGUCCAAAGCCCUCUGUAUUAUUUCACCACCACGUUCGUCAAUCUUGAGGGUGCCGGCGCGGGCGGACGAGCAAUUUUGUUCCGCGCCACUGAUUUGGAAGUCGUCAAAGCAUACAAUCAUGCGCCACAUCCUUUCGGCUCUGUGGUUGCUUUCGAUGGAUUCCAGUUGGGCCUCAUUAAGAGUGGAACCGAUUAUAGUGUAUGGAAGGAGAACUUUGGCCAGCGUGGUCUUGACAUCGCCUUCUACCGUCCUCGCGCCAGAUACCACACCAACCAGGACGACACCCGCCAUGCGUCCAGAGAGAGCAUGUGGCACAUGCUGACCAACUCCCUGGCAGCUGUCGACCAUCUCCAGAAAGACACGUCCUCCUUCACCGGUGAUUCACCAGCAGAAGGAGACAAGAGGAAGGUGUCAAGUGGCCGUCCCACCGAGGGUGCCUGGUUCGACAUGUUUGGACAGGGCUUCGCCUCUUUGGAGUUGCGUGGCCUCUUCGCAUGGGCUUUGACUCUGCUCAUCGUGACACCAUUGAUUCUUGUCCUCGUCAGCUACCUCUUGUCCCGAAAUGACAAGUACUACUACUUCUCUCGCAACGCCAAGGUCGACGCAAAUGAUACGUCCAUUUCCCUUGGAGGGUGGAAGGGUUUCUUCCGAAUUCCGCUUGCCUUCGUCUUUUCCGCCGGUCUCACGUUUGCUGCGGCUUUUUUGACUCACAAAGUCAAUCCUGAGAUCAUCUACAGCAGUGAAUAUGUAGUAUGGGCGAAUUUUCUCUCCUUAUUCUUCAUUAGCUUCUGGUUGAUCUCGAAGGGAGCAAGCUCCAUGAGACCCAGCGGCAUACAGCGAGGAUAUGCCCACAUCUGGCUGUUCAUCCUCAGCUGGACUCUUCUGGUUGCUGCAACGGUCCUCAUCGAUCGAUUCAAAAUCGCCGGCGUCUAUCCAUUCGCCUUCUUCCACUCGGCCGUGUUUGUCGCGACACUGAUCAGCCUCUUGGACCUUUUCGCUUUGCCGGCGAAGAAGGAUUUUGCCGAAGCAGCCUACCACGACCAACAAAAUCGCGAUGAUAUUGCCGAAGUUCCCAACUCGGAUGCUCUGAUUUCUCCCGCACCAAGCGAGACCGCCUCUCGCGCACCCGCGGAAGAACAAAUCGGAGAGCCGACAGAGACCAGUGCUCUGUUGGGCGGGGAGAAUGAAAACCACGGCACGAUUCGACAGACUUUCACUUCGGGCUACCGACGAUCUAACGCAGCCACUGCAGGCAGCGACAGUGAUUCCAAAGCAAAGGAAGAUGCCCAGUCGCCACACGAGAAGGAACAGCCAUGGGCUGCCAAGUUGCCCUCGUGGACCUGGAUUGUUCAGCUUCUGGUACUGGCGCCGAUCAACAUUGUGGUUUUAAGUCAAAUCGCGCUCUUCAUUACGUCUGCGUUAAAUCAAGUCAGUGCAGAUGGUAUCGAUUCGCUAUGGUCAUACCUGAUCCUGGCUCUCUUCAGUGUCUUCCUUCUCCUGCCAGUUAUCCCUUUCAUUCACCGGGUCACAUACCAUCUGCCUGUGCUGUUGGUCUUCCUUUUUGGCAUCACCCUUGUCUACAAUCUGGUUGCGUUUCCAUUUUCCUCGGAAAGUCGUCUCAAGGUCAGAUUCCAGCAGUCUGUCCAACUGCAAGACGAGUACUCGUUCGUUCACAUCACCGGCAUCGAGAAGUAUGUUCGCGAGAUGAUUAAGGAGCUUCCUUCAGCUGUCGGCCAAGAUAUUUCAUGUCACCCAUCUCGACUCGAACUCCACGAAUGCGUGUAUAACGCCACGGUCCUGCUGCCCAAGAUAACAAGCAGCCUGUCCACUGACUCGGCCAAAAACAAGUACGCUGACCUUAUCACCUUCAAUGUGAGCCGCUCAAACUCGAGCAACUACAAGGCCACAGUUGAAAUCGAUGCCAAAAAGUCCAAGAAUUGUGUAUUGUGGUUUGAUGACGAGGUCUCGGCUUGGCACGUCCAUGGAAACGCUGGAAUUGAGACCGUUUUGGGGAGGGCAGAAGGGUCCCCUGUGACCAACAUCGUCCUUUGGCGCAGAGAUUGGUCAAAGCCUUGGACUGUGGACUUGGAAUGGGGUAAAGGUGCCCCGGAGGUCGCUGCGUCUUCGCCCUCGGCAGACUCUCCAACCUCCGCCGUUGGUCCAGACCCCCACGAAGAGCUCCGACUCCGUCAAACAGACGACCUUCUGAUUGAUCUACCCCGGCUUAGGGGUAAGAUUAGCUGCGCAUGGAGUGAUGCAAACGCUUUGGGCACCAUUCCUGCGUUUGAUGAAGCUUUGCAAUAUGCUCCCGAAUGGAUUGCGGUCACUAAGAACGCCGCCGCUCUUGUCGAGGGCUAUCAGAGCAUUAAGAUCUGA